UCGGCGGUGCCCUCGCGAGCCGCGCGCCGCCGCCGCCGCCGCCGCGCCCCUGAGCCGGUCCCGCGAGCCGGUCCCGGGGCGGCCGUCGAGAAUCAUGGACUGUGACUGCAUGCCUUGUUUGCUGUCAAGACACCAUGAUUCCUGGUAACCGAAUGCUGAUGGUCGUUUUAUUAUGCCAAGUCCUGCUAGGAGGCGCGAGCCAUGCUAGUUUGAUACCUGAGACGGGGAAGAAAAAAGUCGCCGAGAUUCAGGGCCACGCGGGAGGACGCCGCUCGGGGCAGAGCCAUGAGCUCCUGCGGGACUUCGAGGCCACACUUCUGCAGAUGUUCGGGCUGCGCCGCCGCCCGCAGCCCAGCAAGAGCGCAGUCGUCCCGGAUUACAUGCGGGAUCUCUACCGGCUUCAGUCUGGGGAGGAGGAGGAGGAAGAGCAGACCCAGGGCAUCGGUCUGGAGUAUCCUGAGCGCCCGGCCAGUCGGGCCAACACCGUGAGGAGCUUCCACCACGAAGAACAUCUGGAGAACAUCCCAGGGACCAGCGAAAACUCUGCUUUUCGUUUCCUCUUUAACCUCAGCAGCAUCCCAGAGAACGAGAUGAUCUCGUCCGCAGAGCUUCGACUCUUCCGGGAGCAGGUGGACCAGGGCCCUGACUGGGAGCAGGGUUUUCACCGUAUAAACAUUUAUGAGGUUAUGAAGCCGCCGGCAGAAGCCGUGCCUGGGCAGCUCAUCGCACGACUGCUGGACACGAGACUGGUCCACCACAAUGUGACGCGGUGGGAAGCGUUUGAUGUGAGCCCUGCGGUGCUUCGCUGGACCCGGGAGAAGCAGCCCAACUACGGGCUGGCCAUCGAGGUGACCCACCUCCAUCAGACACGGACCCACCAGGGCCAGCACGUCAGGAUCAGCCGAUCGUUACCUCAAGGGAGUGGGGAUUGGGCCCAGCUCCGGCCCCUCCUGGUCACCUUUGGCCACGAUGGCCGGGGACACGCCUUGACCCGACGCCGGAGGGCCAAGCGCAGCCCCAAGCAUCCCCCACAGAGGGCCCGCAAGAGGAACAAGAACUGCCGGCGCCACGCGCUCUACGUGGACUUCAGCGACGUGGGCUGGAAUGACUGGAUUGUGGCCCCACCGGGCUACCAGGCCUUCUACUGCCACGGGGACUGCCCCUUUCCACUGGCCGACCACCUCAACUCAACCAACCAUGCCAUCGUGCAGACCCUGGUCAACUCUGUCAAUUCCAGUAUCCCCAAAGCCUGUUGUGUUCCCACCGAACUGAGCGCCAUCUCCAUGCUGUACCUGGAUGAGUAUGACAAGGUGGUGCUGAAAAAUUAUCAGGAGAUGGUGGUAGAGGGGUGUGGGUGCCGCUGAGGUCAGGCCUUCCUUGGGGACGCGCGUGCGCGCGCGCACACACACACACACACACACACACACACACACGCGCGCGCGCGCGUCCCAGCCACGACUCACCCACACACUACACAGACUGCUUCCUUAUAGCUGGACUUUUAUCUUUAAAAAAAAAAAAAAGGAAAAAAAAAUCUAAACAUUCACCUUGACCUUAUUUAUGACUUUACGUGCAAAUGUUUUGACCAUAUUGAUCAUAUAUUUUGACAAGAUAUAUUUAUAACUACGUAUUAAAAGAAAAAAAUAAAAUGAGUCAUUAUUUUAAAGGUAAA